AUGUUGGGUGAAAAACACAGUCCUAUUAAUAAUUGGGUGGUUCAUUACUAAUCACAAAAGAUGCAAAACUGGAUCUUCCACAGACAAGCAGCAGCAGUAAAAGAAGAUGCAUUUGCCACAAUGGGCUAGUUGGAGUAAAGGCUAUGAAUGAAAUCCAUCAAAUUCCACACUGCUGCUUGCCUCGCUUUGUAAGAGACUUCCUGUAGCCCUUGGAAGAGCUUAUCAGGAUUAGAGACUAUUUUCCACCAUGAAGUUGAAGCAGCGGGUGGUGCUUCUGGCAAUUCUCCUUGUCAUCUUUAUUUUCACCAAGGUUUUCCUCAUAGACAACUUGGACACCUCGGCAGCUAACCGUGAGGACCAGCGUGCUUUUCAUCGUAUGAUGGCAAGCCUGCGGGUGGAACUGGACCCCCGACUUGACCACACGCUGCAGUCUCCAUGGGAGAUUGCAGCCCAGUGGGUGGUGCCGCGUGAAGUGUAUCCGGAGGAGACUCCAGAACUGGGGGCAGUAAUGCAUGCCAUGGCUACAAAAAAGAUCAUCAAAGCAGAUGUGGGCUACAAGGGAACACAGCUGAAGGCAUUGCUCAUACUGGAAGGGGGACAGAAAGUAGUCUUCAAGCCUAAGAGAUAUGCCAGAGACUAUGUGGUAGAAGGGGAGCCGUAUGCUGGGUAUGACAGGCACAAUGCAGAAGUGGCAGCCUUCCAUCUUGACAGAAUCUUGGGUUUCCGGCGAGCCCCGAUGGUGGUUGGCAGGUUUGUGAAUCUCCGCACAGAAAUCAAACCCGUUGCCACGGAGCAGCUGCUCAGUACCUUCCUGACAUUAGGUAAUAAUACUUGCUUCUAUGGGAAGUGCUACUAUUGCCGGGAAACGGAACCAGCCUGCGCUGAUGGGAACACCAUGGAGGGUUCGGUCACGCUGUGGUUGCCAGAUGUUUGGCCUCUUCAGAAGCAUCGGCAUCCAUGGGGAAGGACCUACAGGGAGGGCAAAUUGGCCAGGUGGGAAUAUGAUGAGAGCUACUGUGAUGCUGUGAAGAAGACUUCGCCCUAUGACUCAGGACCACGGCUCCUUGACAUCAUAGAUACAGCCAUCUUUGAUUACUUGAUUGGCAAUGCUGAUCGACAUCAUUAUGAAAGCUUUCAGGAUGAUGAAGGGGCCAGCAUGCUUAUUCUCCUUGACAACGCCAAAAGUUUUGGGAACCCUUCCCUGGAUGAGAGAAGCAUCCUUGCACCCCUCUAUCAAUGCUGCAUCAUCCGUGUCUCCACUUGGAACAGGCUAAACUACCUAAAGAAUGGGGUGCUGAAGUCUGCCUUAAAAACUGCCAUGUCCCAUGACCCCAUCUCACCAGUGUUGUCCGCACCGCACAUGGACGCCUUGGACCAACGACUCCUGAACAUCCUGGCUACAAUAAAACAAUGUACAGACCAGUUUGGAUCAGACGUUGUGCUGGUGGAAGAUAGGAUGACACUCUCCCAUUUGUAGCUUUCAACAGAAGACAGUUGAGAUUCUUUCUUAAAACACAGACAAUAGAAAAACAGCACAAUGGGCGAUGUGUGGCUGUGACCAGAUUGAACUGGAAAUGAAACGCCUGAUUUCCCUGCGUUUGAGAAGAAAACAGCAGCUCGAAGUUCCUGCUGAAGACAUGGGACUUGCCCUUGGGUGGCCGUAUGGAACUUUUUUGGGAGGUCCAUUGCUGGCAGUGGAUAUUGCACCAAGAGCUUUCCUGGUAUCUAUGGAGAAAAGACCAGAAUUGGGACAUUAAAUCAGACUGGUUCUUGAGAGGGGCCAGGGUUGCCCUCACCUGCUCAAGAUAUAAUUUUUAAAAUAGUUUAGUCCAGUUCAGGGUUGUGAAGAAUUAGCUGGUUUGGAAUCAGUGAUGGCUCCUCUAAAUGAGCAGCAGCAAGAUAAGUACAGCUGUGGGAGAGGUUCCUUGGAAUCUCGCCUGGAGUGUGCACACAACCCCACCCAGGUGUCUUUCUAAUUUUUUGUGAGCCCUAUGAAAGCGUGUGUGACUGUAACUGUGCUGUUCAGCACAUUCCUUCAGUUCCAGGAUGCUGAGGAAAGAAACUACUUUAAGUUGUCACGGUGAUCAAGCUGAAAGGAGUCAGAAUUGUGUGAUAAUAGCAAACACCCAACCAGUUCUAAAGAUGACUUACAAAUUCUUCAUAAAGAUUACUAGGCAAGACAAGGGUUCUUGCUCUCUUUAAGUAAAUAAUAUUCCCUUGGUAGCUGCUAAUGCUUAAAAAAAAUCGGAUGCAGGUUCAGUUGAACCAAAUUGUCUUUCCAAUUAGGGGAAGAAGGAUUGAGUCUGUUAGGAGAAUAUAGAUAGUACUCUUCAUGAGACAAAUAGGAUUCGUUGCUGCACUUGGAAUAAUUUGAGUAUCCCAAACUUGAAAGGAUGGAAGAUUUUCUGACAAAUGUGUCACUUCUCAUGUGAAGUAGUCGUAGAUGCAGUGCUAUAGGAUAUAUCUUUGGUAUUGUAUCAUUGGUCAUAGCUGAACUCUCAACUUACACGGGGUCUUCAGAGGGCCUUUGUCAGCUGGUACACUGUUUUGUUUCAAACUCAAGCUGCUAUCUGCUGGCCUUGUGAGCAUGAGCCUGGAAUUGUAGCUUGCACUGAUUUUCAGAAAGCUUUAGGUGUCUCUGCUUGGAAGAAUAAACCUGACAGUUUGGGAAAGAACCUCUUUCCACAUCACUAGGAAGAAAUUUGUGGACGAUUAUCCUGUGUCUUAAUUUUAUUAUGGCCCAGUGCAUAUUCAGCUAGACUUUAUCAGAGGUCUCAGCUGGUCUUCUUUGAUAGAUAUUAAAACUGAUGUUUGGGACUCCUGUUAAGAACUUAAAAGAUCUUUAUCAGUCACCUUUCUAACAGAUGUUUACGUCAACUGGGCCAAAGGAUAAAAGCAUGUGCAAAAGAUUUUUAAAAACCAAGGCAGUGCCUUGGUCGACACAAAUAGAAUAAGGAUUCUUGCUUAUGUUUCAGCAACUUCCCCUGCCAUGGAGCAUUUUUAGACUUGUGUUUAUGCCAGUAACUCUUAAAAACGUUGCCUAAACAAACACUGAUGCCAUUGACAGACCAUGUUGGUAGCAAGCUAGCUGCUUGAACAAAAAGAACAUUAAUAAUUGAGCCAGUUUUUCUCAAGGUGGUUCAGCUAGGUAUUGGCCGUUACAACAGGAAUGACUAAGUAAUAGCUGCUACAGUGAGGGUCACUGGUUAGAAACAUCUUAGGGAAAGAUAAAAUAAAAAAUAUUAUCAGUUCAGUCAUUAAGGUGAGAUGUUUAUCAUCAAAAGCUGGCUAUUACGGCUAGUCUUACAUCCAGAACUGAUAGGCAGUGCUAGCGAGGGAAACGUCAUGCAGAUUUGGCUGAGGUUCUCAGGAUGUUCCCAUCUUCUCAUCAUUCAUACAGCGUGUCAAGUGGGCACCAGUGUAAACAACAAUAACCCCGGGUGGUUGAAAGAUGGUCAUUUCUUUGCUGCCCAGUCGUGGACAUCAGAGUAGCUUUGAAGCACCAGAGUGAGUUUAAAAGAGCCCUCUGUGUCUUUGUCUCAGUUGGUAAGCAAGCCAGAAGACAUCAUAUGAGCUUCUACUUUGGCAUCUGAUGAACUGGAAAUAUUUUGUAUCACACUCAUUUAAAAAAGACACUAAUUUAUUAAGAAAGUAACUUAUUUGUGUGGCAGCUGAAGCGGAAUGCUUUAAACUCGCACCUCUUUUUGGAGCUGCCAGAGGAUCGCCGGCAGCAGCAGCUACAAAAUGGAAGCUGUCAGCAGAAGAGAAUACAGUGUAAUCUCAGACAUGAUAUGUGUUUUCCCCAGAGUCAAACUCUGCAUAAAUAAACAUUAUGUGAAUAAAAAUUUUAAUAAACCAA